AUGGCGCAGAUCGUACGGCAAGAUAGUCCGUUGAACACCGAGCCGUGCUCGGAAGAGCUGGCCAGCUCUUACAUUACGCCAAACGAGCUCGUCUUCAAUCGAAACCAUGACUCGGCCGUUUCGGCAACUGAACAUCAUUCGACCGAAGUAGGUUGGAGCAUUGACAUCUCUGUCGAAGACGAUCAAGCUCUGAGCUCCAUCCACGUGACCCAGCCUUCGCUGCCCCUCGAGUCGUUGAAGGCCAACUACGAGAAGGUCGAGGUAGUCGCAACGCUCGAGUGUGCCGGUAAUCGGCGUGCGGAGCUGGCUGCAUCUCAUCAGCCAGCAGAAGGCAUACAAUGGGGCGAUGCAGUCAUCGCAAACGUCAUCUGGGGUGGAGCUUCUCUGCGUUCCGUCCUGCUCGCUGCUGGCAUCCCAGAUCCUUUCUGUCACCAUUCGGACUUGACAUCACUGAAACCGUCCGCCGAAGCAUCGCUCGCCGACGCAGCUUCAUGGGCCCAUUCACUCCACCUUCAUAUCUACAGCGCACAAGAAAGCAGUGAAUCAGACGAUCCUACUCGAAAAGAAGUUUUCGCCGCCUCGAUCCCGCUCGUCACCGCUUUGCACCCGAAUCAGAACUGUCUCUUAUCGUACGAGUACAAUCGGACUCCACUGACACAGCGUCAUGGUGCACCUUUGCGAGCCGUGAUCCCAGGUCAUGUAGGCGCGAGGUGGGUCAAGUGGCUCAAUGGGCUCAAAAUCAGCGCACGGGAAAACGAUUCGCCUCCCAUGCGACAAGAUUACAAGUUGCUUGUUCCACAUGCACAGUCAGAAGAGAAAGAUUUUGCAGAUAAAGCUGCGAACGGUUCAGAGUUUCGUAAACAGCAGUUGCACCAAAAGAAGCCACUGCAACAACUCGCAGCCAGCUGCUCUGUCACACUACCCCGAAACGACGCUCAAGCGGUCCAGGUCACAAAGGAGCGCACGAUAGAAGUGAAAGGUUAUGCCGUAGGCCAAGACGGGUGUCCAGCUACAAAAGUCUAUGUCGCCCUGAUCCCGGAAGCGGAAGCUUCAACGGAAGAGGUUCUCGUUUCGCUCUCUGCCGAUCUCGUAUGGAAGCAAGCAGAGUUCCACACGCAAGAUCCCUCGAAUUGGAGCUGGGCUUGGACACUGUGGCAUGUCCAACUGCCUGCUCCCAGGCACGCCGAUCAGAAAUGGAUCUUGAUCGCCAGAUGCGCUACAGCCGCUGGUGUUGAGCAGGAGAAGAUAUCUGACUGGAAUCUGCGUGGGUUCUGCAAUCGCUCUUGGUCUGUUGUCCGCAACCUCAGGAUCCAGUCUUGA